AGCGCGACUUCAUCCAUCUCCGUAUCUCGAACAUCAUCUAUAAGUCAUCAAAAACAUCAUGGCCGACGACAAGAAGAGACAAGCGAAGCGCGUAGCUGCCGAAAAUGGCGUGGUGAACCCUUCCGGAGUUGCCAUCCUGGCCGCCGCGCCGAUGUACCUGGCGCUCAUUCCCGUGACAUCGCUUCUCACGAAGCCAGACAGCAUUGUCCAGUCUUUGACACAUGCUUUAGUCAAACUCCUUCCAGGCGUCGGCACCACGGCUAUAACUUCUGGUCGCGCCAUUCCAGCUCUGUCAGCUCUGUACCUCUUCUGGACCUUCGGAGCAUCCGGUGCUGCUUCAGCCGCUGGACAAGCCAUGGGCCGCGAAGACGGGUUCGACAACGAGCAUCCAAGGAAGCAUGUUGGCGAAUUGGAUGGGUUGCCGCUGAGGCUGCGAAGUGCGCAUUAUGCUUUGAUGGAGAACUUCCCAGCGUUUGCUCUCGCUGCGGCGCUGUCCCAAGUCAUUGCGCCUACGGACCCGCAGAUUGUCAACUUGUUGGGCUUCCACGUCAUUGCGAAACUACUGGUACAUUACCCGGCUUAUCUCACUAACAUUGCUGUGCCGAGGACUUUCGCUCAUAUUGGUGCGACUGCGGCAUUGAUCAAUGUUUGCUGGAGGUUGGCUGCUGGCAACUGAUGAGACCUUGCGUUGUCAUUACCUAUAUGUCGGACUAUGAAUGCCAAGGCCAUCAAAUUAUCCACACUUGCAGACGAAAUAUAUCUGGGUAUUUCAUU